CUUGUGCGUCCAUUCCUGCGAACGCUGCCGCUGCCGGACCGGCCAUGGACGAUACCCUGUUCCAGUUGAAGUUCACGGCAAAGCAGCUGGAGAAGCUGGCCAAGAAGGCAGAGAAGGACUCCAAGGCGGAGCAGGCCAAAGUGAAGAAGGCCCUUCAGCAGAAGAACGUGGAGUGUGCACGUGUGUAUGCCGAGAAUGCCAUCCGCAAGAAGAAUGAAGGUGUGAACUGGCUCCGCAUGGCAUCCCGCGUGGACGCAGUGGCCUCCAAGGUGCAGACGGCCGUGACCAUGAAGGGGGUGACCAAGAACAUGGCGCAGGUGACCAAAGCCCUGGACAGGGCGCUGAGCACCAUGGACUUGCAGAAGGUCUCUGCGGUGAUGGACAGGUUUGAGCAGCAGGUGCAGAACCUGGAUGUGCACACAUCGGUAAUGGAGGACUCCAUGAGCUCGGCCACCACGCUGACCACGCCGCAGGAGCAGGUGGACAGCCUCAUCGUGCAGAUCGCUGAGGAGAAUGGCCUGGAGGUCUUGGACCAGCUCAGCCAGCUGCCCGAGGGCGCCUCUGCCGUGGGCGAGAGCUCCGUGCGCAGCCAGGAGGACCAGCUGUCUCGGAGGUUGGCCGCCUUGAGAAACUAGCCGAGCCCUCCUGCAGGGCCCUGCUUCCCUGGCCGUGACGUGCAGGAAGGGCCGGGGAGGAGGGCUCCAUCUCUCUCCCCAUGCCUCUUGCCUUUCUGCACACCCUGCAGCGUGGCCCUCCCUCCAGGCCUGGGAAUUGUCCCUCUUAGCGUAGACGGUGGCUCUGUGUCCUGGUGGGUGAGUUUGCACAACCUUCUGACUUCUGUGGGUUAUUUCUGUGACUCCGGGCCGGCCAGCUCGGGGUUCUGCAGGCCCCCCUCCGCACCCCCACCCUCUGAGAUGUUGACGGGGACCGAACAGUGGACGUCGUGUGGGCCAUGGGGGCCUUCAGACUCCGGGUAACGGCAGAUGUGCUCCUAGUGGUCAGCCAGUGGGCGUCAGGGCUUCUUCCUGCUGCCAGGCACCUGGAGGCCAGCUGGCUGAGCCCCACCUGGGAUCCCUGGCGUCAGGCGCCAUGCUCCACGUCCAGGCACGCCCACCCAGGGGGCCCCCAUCCUCGUU